UAGGAUUGUGAUAUGUUUUGCAGUAAACGCCGAUAUAGUAAGCAAUGUGCGUGCUGAGAUGGUUAUGUCCAAUAAAACCCUUCCCGAAGUGAACGUGACGUGGACACCUCCAGACGAUCCCAAUGGCUUUGUCGUGGCAUACAACGUCUAUCAUUCCAGGGUCGCGGAUAAUAGCCCGGAACAAUUGGAUAUUGGAUUGACAAGCUGUAUCCGAUCUGAUGAUUACGAGAGAAAUGGGCGGAGUUUUGUCAUACGAGCCUUAGUGUCUGGCAACUACAGUAUACGAGUCACACCACUUACUGUUAGUGGCGCUGGGAAUGUCUCUUCCGACGUAUACAUUUUUAUACCGGACGCACGUGCAGAUAGUAGUUACGACUGGGUAUGGGGGGUGGUGGGGGGUUGCGCUGUAGUGUUGUGUGCGGCCGCAUUGGGCACUUGGUACGCCCGUCGCGCUCUACACACGCAGGACAACAAUAAGCUGUUCGCGCGAGUCAACCCAGAGUACGUGUCGACCGUGUACGUGCCCGAUGAGUGGGAGGUGCCGCGCUCGAGUAUCGAAUGUAUACGCGAACUCGGACAGGGCUCGUUUGGAAUGGUGUAUGAAGGUAUCGCCAAAAACUUAGAAAAAGGCAAGCCGGAGACUCGGUGCGCUGUGAAAACUGUCAAUGAACAUGCCACUGACAGGGAGCGCAUCGAGUUCCUAAACGAGGCUUCAGUGAUGAAGGCGUUCGACACUUUCCACGUGGUACGUCUCCUGGGCGUGGUCUCUCGAGGACAGCCGACUUUGGUUGUGAUGGAGCUGAUGGAGCAGGGAGACCUCAAGACGUACCUCCGCUCGCACAGGCCUGAUGCAGAUUCUUCUUUACCCAGGAAGGGACCCGCACCAAGUCCGCCAACUUUGCAGAAUAUACUGCAGAUGGCUAUAGAGAUAGCCGACGGUAUGGCUUAUCUGUCAGCCAAAAAGUUUGUGCACCGUGACCUAGCGGCGCGCAAUUGCAUGGUCGCCGGGGACCUAACUGUCAAAGUAGGGGACUUCGGAAUGACCAGAGACAUUUAUGAGACUGAUUACUAUAGGAAGGGCACGAAGGGACUCUUGCCCGUUCGUUGGAUGAGCCCUGAAAGCUUGAAGGACGGGGUGUUCUCAAGUAACACUGAUGCAUGGAGUUAUGGUGUAGUUUUAUGGGAGAUGGCGACACUUGCUAUGCAACCCUAUCAGGGUCUGUCGAACGAGCAAGUGGUCCGUUACGUGGUAGAAGGGGGGGUGAUGGAGCGUCCGGAGCACUGCCCCGACCGUCUGUACGAGCUGAUGAGAGCCUGUUGGGCCCACAGACCCACAGCGAGGCCCAGCUUCCUCCAACUGGUGGCGGAACUGGCCCCUUCAGCCCAGCCCUACUUCCGGCACAGGUCCUUCUAUCACACACCGCAGGGACAGGAGAUGUACGCAAUGCAGAGGACUGCUGCAGACGCUAGUAGAGAGCAGACGGCCUCCACCUAACCGUAAGUGGUACCAUUUGCAUGCCUCCACUAUCACCAGCACAUAUUUUGUUAUCAUUUCCUGUCAAUAAAACCAUUUAGUUUGGUUCUCAUUGUACCGCACUUGUGCUAUGUUAAUACUUUUUAUAACUUAUAGAUGCUUCUGUCCGGCCUAGACUAGUUCAGACUUUUAAAUAAAGCUUUUACGUCGUAAACUUAUUACAUUCAUGUAACUCGACGAUUCGAGUGUUAGGGGGCGUCCAUAAAUAACGUGAGGUGUUUUUUUAAAUUUUCGGUACCUAAAUGGCAUUUAGGGUCAUAUUU